CCACCCGAAUUGGACAGCUCCAAGUCCUCCGACCGAGGGCCCGUCGGCAUCGUCACGCUGGGGGCAGCGCAGCCGCGGCAAACGACGCUGAGCAGCACCAGCAUCCCAAGUCUGGUGGAAACCCAACGCGCGGCCAGGCUUCCGCCCGGGGUGCCAGAAGAUCCGCUGAUGAAUCGUCUGCGGUUCCACUACACGACGCAGCCAAGGGAGCAGUUGUACGCCAAGGUGCCGUUGGCCGUGACUCGCCCCACCGCAAGUGCGGGAAAGGAAUCACAGAAUGAGGUGGAGGCCUCAACGGCGGCAGUUCACCAGGAGACCGUGGGAAUGCUUUGCAGGAACCUCCCACUCAUCGCGGAACCCUCCACCCAGAUGGAGGCGGAGUUGCCCGGUCGUGCAAAGGGGAACGCGGAGAGGCCAAUAAACCUGGAUGACCGCAUUACCCCCCAAACCCUCUACACGCUCUUGCACAAAGGCCGUGCUUUGGCCUUCAAGGUGGCCGCAAGAACCCAGAGCAGGCUGAUCGAGGAAGAGAUUGAACCAUCACCCAAUGCGAAGCUGGAUGAGCUGCGCACACAGGUCACCCGUUUAGAGCCGCCCUAUGUAGAGAAAAUGUUGCAAGCAAAAGUGUUUGACGAAGCACGGAAAGAUGAGUAUCCGACGUCGCGUAAGGUACUUCCUAUUACUUCCUUGUACUCCGGAAAAAAACGACAGAAAUGGCGGUCAACGUACGAGCAUUCUUCUCCUUUUCUCACAUCACUUCCUCCACGCAGUGAGGAUAAAGUAAUACAACGAGAAUUGUCUAUUUUAUCUACUUCCCCCACCGAAGCGAAUUCCACGGAGGGCGUGGGUACCGCGUUAAGUCUGCCGUUGACACGCUCUACCAAUGUAGGUGAUGAUGCCUGUAUCAUUGAGCAAGUCGUCGCCUACGCUUCAGCAAGGCGACGACCCGUAGUGGGCUGCAAUGUCCCAUCAGAGAAAAUAGACGGCAUCCCACAUCCGCAUCCAUCCUACGCGCCCGUUUUUUCGGCACUAGAUGCCGUACUUGCAGUCAGUAAAGAAUAUGAGAAGAUGCAGCAAACAUGGCCUGGGGCCAGCACCAUGCAAAUGAGUGUCUCACGUCGGGCCAUUAUUGAGCGUCUUUCCUCGUGGGAGUCGUCGGUCAUUCCACGUUCUCUGUGGGUGAGCGUUAGUAAUCCUACCUUUCCAGGCUCUAGGCGGCACAAAAUCGAUGAGGAUGCCGUAAGUAGUUUACCCAAGAAAAGUUCGGUUGUGUUUCCAGCUGCAAAGGCUACUGGUCGUGCGCAAGUGUACCUACUCGCUGAUGCCCUGGAUCGCAUGUUUCAGGAGGUCCCAGACACCCUCGUUGUAUUGGCAAACAAGGAGAUUGCGCAGCUGCUCUUGCCAGAGGCGCCAGAAAACGAUGGACUCUCUGUAUACCGGAGUGUUUCCGAUGUCGAGCGGAUUAUUAAUUCACAGGCCAUCCAAGAAUCCGAUUCUGUCCAUCGGAUGUACGUUGAGGCCGUAGAAAAAGUCAUGAAAGUAGCAGAUAUGGGUCUAGUUGAAAUUAUACGACAGAUUGCUGGCACAUGUGUGGAGCGUGGCGCCUUAUUAGACGUCCUUCGCCUCCUUAUCAUGGAUGUCACCUCAAGUUGUCUCUGGCUGGUUGGUUAUUGCAAGGACCAGGCUCGUCGCGAGGCGAGAGCACGCCAAGAGCUGAUUGUGGCUUCUCGAAAAGAUGUGGAGGAAGUCAUCACGCUACGAGAUGAAGUGAAAAAAGGGAGGCAAGAGGAAGCGAAGCUGCGCCGUGCAAAUGGUGAGCUUGAGUACAAGGCCUCCAAGUAUGACACUCUCAUUGAACGUCUACAGUUGAAGGACAAGAAUUUCUCAAAGCACCCGGUUGAUGAGCACUUGCAUAUGCUAAUGGAAUUGGGGGAUACCUACACGCAAAUGGCAGUGAAAGGGCUGGAGGAAUUAUACGAGUCUCAGAAUGCGGGGUCCAGUGAGACAAGCAAAGUGUUUGACGCCCCCACGACCCACAUGAAUGCCGUUAAACAGGAAGAGAAACAAGUGGCACGAGAAGAGUUAUACACUGAGUCCUACCGACUGCUUGCUGCACUCUCAGAGGCAAUGCGGGUGGUGGACGACACAUGCGAGCCACUGUAUGAUCGUCUUGUAUUGCCUCCCCCUGGACCGUCGUCAAGAGCGCCAACGAAGAAGUGGGCAGAAAUUGCCCGUGCCGUAGGCGCCCACGAAAUGGAGAAGAAACACCGCCAGCGCGUCUUUGAGGUGUUUGGACGCUGGAAUGGGAUGCAAGGAAAACCUCUUGCGGCGAGCUUUGCAGCGUUGGAUGUCGAGGAUGGUGGGGAAAACGACAACAGGGAAGCUCAAGCCCCAGCGGAGCCCGUCUCACCCGUGCCAAUCUUGACCCCUGAGCCCGAAAGCACGCAGCCCAGCAAAGGAACAAGCGACGAUGGCGGGAAACGUCUCCAGUUCAUUACCAGGAAAGAUCUUACGGCUAUGGGUGUCACCGACUGUACGCCAGAAGAGAUCAAUGCGUUGUACAGCCGCGAGUUUGACAUUGCGGCGUUUCUACGACUGGAGUAUACUGCACCCGGUGAGUAUGAGAUGACGCCGAGGGUCGUUUGUGACAUGGUGCACGAUGUCACCGAGGCUUUGCGGCAUAUCAAACUCCGUGUGAAUGCCCUUGCAAAUAGUGGUUUAGUGAAGGAAAGCAUAAAGCCACCUCUGCAGCCGCCCGCAUGCCCAGAAGACGCAUGUGUGCUCUGUGGUCGACGUGAUCGCGUGGCGAUGGAAAAGAAGAACAAGACGGAUGUCAUGCAACGGGUGGCAAACGAGAUUCAGCGACGCUACGAUGAGGUGGUAAAGAAGUGUCAAAAGACGGAGUCUGAGCGGGAGAAUUACCGGAGGGAAAUCCAACGCUAUCAAAUGCGGGAGAAGAAGCAACAGGAGGAGUGGCAAAUACGAGAAAAUGAGUUGAAGCAGGCAAAUGCCGCGCUCGCGGAGGAAAAUCGGCGGCUGGCAGAGCAGGCAUAUUCUGCAGGAAGCUCCACUGUGGAGAGUGAAGAAAAGGACAGCAACUCCAGACUCGUGCCUACCCUAACCGUGUCAUCGGAUAUGAGCAUGGCCUCAGAGGAUGUCACGAGUGAAGCUUCGCCCUGGGAGAAGGAUAAGAGUGACGAAUAA